AUGUUCUGGGGUGGCGACGAAGUACUCCGAUGGCUACGGAGAUACGUGGACGUUCACCGCUCAGGAGAGGAUCCAAGUGCCUACCUUAUUAACCCAACUGAGGAAGACAAAACAGCUUUUGGACAAGCUAGGGGCAAGUUGGAAAGUUCUAGGGGCCAACCCGGUUCCAGCAAACCUCCUAAAGAUGCAACAAUGGACCCAUUCACAAAAGCUCUUAAGGAAACAAGGUGGAUGGUCCUUGAGCAAUUUAGCAAAAUCACAACUUUCACUCGCAGAACUGCUCAAGAUAUUGCGGAUAACCCCCGACUACCUCCCCAAGUAAGGCGACUCAUGAGAAACCCAGAAGUUCAAACAUUACAAGACGAAUUUGACAGUGCCAGACUAUAUCUUGCUCGCUGGGCAAUGGGUAUUGCAGAACAGAGCGAACGUGAACGUAACCAACGAAUAUGGACAGCAAACGAUGUCCUGGCCAUGGAGAAUAGCUCCGUUGGAGAGUUUGAAAUUCUGGAUAUGGAAGCGGCCCAAAUGAGUAUCAGUGAUAAGCGAAAAAUAGUUACUUUGGAAGAGUGGAACGGAUGGUUCCAUAGAACCACUGGAAAACUCCAAAUCACUGUUGAGGAAGCCAAGGAGCGUAUUUUCCACGGCGGCCUUGAGCCAAACGAUGGCGUUCGAAAAGAGGCAUGGCUAUUCCUUCUAGGGUUUUAUGACUGGGAUAGUAGCGAAGAUGAGCGAAAAGCCGUCAUGAAUUCACGACGAGAUGAAUACAUCCGCUUGAAGGGAGCUUGGUGGGAACGUAUGAUUGAUGGGGCUUCCACACCUAAAGAGCAGGAAUGGUUUAGGGAGCAAAAGAAUAGAAUAGAAAAAGAUGUUCACCGGACAGAUCGUCAUAUCCCCCUUUUUGCCGGGGAGGACACACCUCAUCCAGAUCCAGACUCACCGUUUGCCGAAACUGGGACAAAUGUCCACCUUGAACAGAUGAAAGAUAUGUUGCUCACCUACAAUGAGUACAACACAGAACUUGGGUAUGUACAAGGUAUGAGUGAUCUUCUUAGCCCAAUCUAUGCCGUGAUGCAAGACGAUGCGAUUGCAUUUUGGGGCUUCGUUGGGUUCAUGAAUCGAAUGGAACGAAACUUCCUUCGAGAUCAAUCUGGGAUGCGCCAACAGCUAUUGACCCUUGACCAACUCCUUCAACUCAUGGACCCAAAGCUUUACCUGCAUCUUCAGAAAGCUGAGAGCACCAACUUCUUCUUUUUCUUCCGCAUGCUCCUAGUGUGGUUUAAAAGAGAAUUCGAAUGGGUUGAUUGUCUCAGGCUCUGGGAAGCACUAUGGACAGACCAUCUGUCUAGUAAUUUCCAUAUCUUCGUCGCUUUGGCUAUACUAGAGAAACACCGUGACGUUAUUAUGGCGCACCUUCACCAUUUCGACGAGGUCUUAAAAUACGGUAUGUCGUUUCCCUGUUCAUAUUAUCAGACUUGGGCUAAACUAUUAAUAGUCAAUGAACUAUCAAAUACAAUCGACUUGAUACCCACAUUGAGUAGAGCGGAGGCCUUAUUUCAUCGGUUUGAGAAGAAAGUUGAAGCUAUUGACAAGAAGUACAACUUUCCGCAGGCACCUGUUCGUCAGCGGACAACACGUCCCACAUCUCAGGCCAAUACCACUACAUCACCCGCUAGAGAUAGUUCUGCCACAGCAACUGGAGCUAGCCCAUCAGGCGGCACAGGAUCAAAGCCCUCCAACAAGCCCAAUACGAAGCCCGACUCCGAGGCUACUUCUGUCCAAAUCAUUACCCCUGACCUUCGCAAGCUGCUUAGCCGGGAGGUGGAAGUCAUGGAUGCUAAAGAGGUCCGGCAACAUGCUCUUCUUGGGGCGAAAUAA